UUCCCCGUCGACCUACACCGUACACGACGGAUUUUCCUCAGUUCGUGUUUGACUGUUCGAAUUUUGAUGGAGUUUUGACGACUUUAAUGAUUUUUCUUUUGGAAAUAAUCAUAAAAAUAUAAUUCAAGAUAAUCUCCUUUGAUGUAUUUAUUUGAUGAUAAAGAUGACAGAAGAGAAAGAUUUGAAUUUUAUCCCAGAAAUACAAGAAAUGAUGUUCGGACUUGGCGAUUGUCCCAACCCCUUAGAAUCCACCGCUAAAGUUAUAGAAGAAAUAGUGCUCGAUCAAAUGCAUUCGAUACUUUGCCAAGCCGAAGAAAUCUCAGCUCGAAGAAACGCAAAGAUUAUAUCACCUCAAGAUUUAUUAUUUUUAAUGCGUAACGAUGCUGUGAAAUUGCAGCGUUUGAUAAAUUAUCUCGCGUUGAAAGAUCAAAAAUCCGUAUUUCAAAAUGGUCUCGCGUUUUCCAGCAACGGAGACGUUUCUGUAGACGGUACUACGUACAUGGUUUCAAUGCAGAGUAACCGAUCUCAGAUUUGUAUUGCUUAUCUGAAAGAAUUAGGUAUCGAUAUUUCAACAGAUCCUUCGAAACAGAUCUUCGAUCCUGUUAAAAUCAAACGCCAAAUGCGAGCUGACUGGAUGAGUAAAACGCUACCGCCAAAAUUAUACGCCGAGUACGCGAAAUCUAGACAGUUAUCUUUUCACGGACGUUUUAGAAAAAUACAAAAGUUUCUAGACUGGAUUUCGGCCCGACACGGAGAAAACAUCGUGCCGAAAUUGAAAACAUCCACUCACGAUAUUCUAGUAUAUUUGGCCAAAGAAACCAUCGCUCAGUUAUUAGAUUUAGUUUUUUUAUUACGACAAGAUAAAAUGGCUGCUCCCGGUAAUCCUUACAGUAAAGCUGUAAUCAUGAACGCUCAUUCUAAUCUGAGAAAAGAAGUAUACGGUUCUAAUAGUCGAGUUGAAAGUACGUCACCCGUUACUCCUGAAGAAAUCAGGGAAGUUGUCCGAAGGUAUUGGUCGAAUCAAUUGUGUCCUUUUGGAUUAUUUUCUCGCACGUUUUCGAGAAAUAUUCGCAACAGAGUUAUGGCGUGUUAUUGAACUUUCAUUUAUUUUAUUGUGAUGUCUGAUAUUAUAAGUUUUGUGUUCCUUUUAUAAAGAUUUUUUACAUGUA